AAAAUCCCCAAUUCUGCCUUUACACAAUAAUAGAAACAGAAAUUUGGAGCAAUGUUUCCCGACGACGGCGGUUCUCCCGCCACAGACCCGUUGACUGGGCACCUAUUUGAAGCCGAAGAAACCCUCCUCCGCUCCUCUACUGCUUGGCCGCUUACCGGUAAAUCAAGAUUCAGCCUCUCACCUGAUUCCUCAAACACCCUCAAAAACCCACCUCAAGAUUGCUCUCAUAUAUCAGCAGCAGGGAUCGUCGUAGCCCACAAUGAAGAUCUCUUGACACAAAUUUUACUUUGUUUACCUCCAAAAUCCCUCAUCCGCUUCCAAUGUGUCUCCAGAGGAUGGCUCUCGAUCAUUUCCAACCCCUCUUUCCGCCGUCUCUACUGUGGCAGCAGCAACACUCGAGCCCUCAUUUUGUUCCGCAAAAUAUGGCGGAGCUGCCCGGAGCUCAAAUUCAUCUCUUUCUCCGACGAGUAUGCAAGUUCAAUGGAAACUGCCAUCUCCCACUUAAGUAGUAAUUUCUUUACUGAUGGUGAAAUUACGGAUUUACAUUCUUGUAAUGGGUUAGUAGCUGUUGUGUUAAAAUUGAGCCAUGGUAGUCGAGAAUUUGCUGUGUACAACCCCACAACUAGUCAGCAUAGGCUUAUCCCACAGCUCAAUCUUUUGGAAGAUAGGCAUCCCUUUGUGGCUCUGAAUAUUGCAUUUGAUCCUUUAAAAUCUGAUCACUAUAAAUUGGUGUGUGUUUGGUUGGGACCCCCCACGAUGAGAAUCAUGAAUGUUAAUUAUGGAUUCUCUAUAUAUGAAUCAGAAACUGGGACUUGGAGGGACAGUGGGGACAUUUUUGAGAUAGAUUAUGCUCAUUCACCUACGCAUUUCAGGAACGGUGUGUUAUGGAAUGGCUGUCUUCAUUGGAUUACUCAUUGGAAGGCUAUCGUUUGUUUUGAUUUAGAUAAAGAAGACGCUAACUUCACAUUGCCUUCUCCUCCUGUCUCAAUGGAGCACUCUGAAAUUUGGUACUUUGGUGAGUCUGGUGGAUGUAUGUACUUUAUUGAUAUUAACAACCCUGGAGAAAUGUUGUUUGAUAUUUUUGAGUUGGCAAGUGGAUGUUCUGAGUGGGUUCUGAAGUACCAUCUUAAUCUUGCUCCUCUAACUAUUUUAUACCCCUCAAUGGUGGAUGAAGAGUUCGAUCACUCUGAUGAUUGGCUAUGUAGAUUUUGGUUAACUUAUUUUGUUGAGGAUGAGAAUGAAAAGAAGGCGAGGCUAGUGAUAUCUCUUCCAGGCAAAGUAAUUUUGUAUGACAUCAAUGACACGGUCGUUAAGGUGCUCGCUGAAGUAGGGCCAACAGAUACUGAUGAUGGCUGUAGAGAUUACAUUUAUCAGUGGAAGGAUGCCUACCCUAUUAUGAAGACGCUGGCCUAUGUUUGACUUGUUUCUCAAACGUUCCUGCAUGUACUAACUACUAAGUAGCGUUAUGUACUUUCUUUUUGCCUGCCUACCACUUGAACACUUUUAACAGUAUGGAACCAUUACUUGGUUUUAAAUGGUGGUGUUUAUUAUGGAUUAAUGUAAACUUGGAAUGGUUGUGGAAUGCUUUAAGGAUAAAUUUUGUGAACUAAAUUAGUCUUGCAGCUUAAUUCCCA